GCCAAAGGCUGGCCCAUGCUGGCCCAUUCUGGCCCAUGGACGCAAAUACAAUCUCGAGCACGCGACGUGUUCCACGGGGAACAGUAUUACGCUGUGGCCCUUCAGUCUGGUCUAGCUCGCGAUAUGCCCACCAAUCUUGUGAAAUCGCCUCCGGCCAGGAGGAAAAGAAUGAUUAGCCACUCCGUGACUGCCUCAAGUUUGAUUGUGGUCAGCAAUCGGCUUCCGUUUGUCUUAAAGAGAACAGAGGACGAUGGGUUGGUCCGGAAACCCUCGGCAGGAGGUCUGGUCACGGCCGUGGCCCCGGUGGUCGUCCAAUCCGGAGGUCUUUGGGUGGGUUGGCCCGGUCUUCAAAUGAAGGAGACAGAUUCCGUGCCCGAAUCCGUGGAAGGAGAUGUAUCGCCUACGGCUGGACUCAAAUCGAGUCAAGUCUUGUCGGUGAAUUUGGAUGAUGUGGACUAUGAGUUGUACUACAACGGGUGUUGCAAUGCCACCUUCUGGCCUUUGUUUCACUCGAUGCCGGAUCGAGCCAUUUUUAAUGAGAAAUUCUGGAUGGCUUACAAGAAAGUGAAUGAGGACUUUUCUGAGAUCACCUUGAAGGCUCUGCGGAAAAUGCAGACCGAUCAUCCGGAACAGGUUCCUUUGGUGUGGAUUCAUGAUUAUCACCUCAUGUUGGCCGCCAACACCAUUCGACAAAAAGCCGAAGAAGAAAACCUUCAGUGCAAGAUCGGGUUCUUCUUGCACAUCCCAUUCCCUCCUUGGGAUAUCAUGAAGAUCUUCCCUUGGGAGGAUAUGAUUCUCCAGGGCAUUCUGGCCUGUGACUUGGUUGGAUUUCAUGUGGAAGAUUACUGCCUGAACUUCUUGGAUUCUUGCCAACGAGGCCUCGGAUCUCGUGUGGAUAGGAAACUGAUGCUAGCUGAGCAUGGAGGGCGUACCGUAAGGAUCCGUCCUCUCCCCAUUGGAAUUCCGUUCUCACGAUUUGACCAAAUGGCCCAUGAAUCGCCCAAUUGUGGAUUGGACACGAACAACGUCAAGGUUGUGUUGGGCGUGGACCGUCUGGAUUACACGAAAGGACUCGUCAACCGUCUUCAGGCCUUCGAACGCUUGCUGGAGGAGUUCCCCGAGCACAUUGGCAAGAUUAUGCUCAUGCAAGUGGCCGUUCCCUCUCGAACCGACGUCAAAGAAUACAUCGACCUCAAGGAGGACAUGGACAAAUUAGUCGGCCAGAUCAAUGGAAAGUUCUCCACACCCACGUGGUCGCCCAUUCGGUACAUCUACGGCUGCAUUUCCCAGCAAGAAUUGGCGGGCUAUUAUCGUGAUGCGGAUGUGGCCCUCGUGACCCCAAUGCGAGAUGGCAUGAAUUUGGUGGCCAAAGAGUUCGUGGCUUGUCGAAUCCGUGAUCCCGGCGUGCUGAUACUGUCUCCCUUCGCUGGAGCGGGCGGCAUGAUGCACGAGGCUCUCUUGGUCAAUCCCUAUGAGAUUGGCACGGUGGCUAAGGUUCUCCAUCGGGCCCUUACCAUGCCUCAUGACGAGAGAGAGGUCCGAAUGAACGCUCUCCGUGCUCGCGAGAAGAUUUAUGAUGUCAAUUUCUGGAUGAAGAGCUUCCUCAAGAGCAUUGGCACCCUAAUCGAAGAAGACGGCGAGGACGUGACUCCGACUCAAAUGCAGCCGGUGAGUUUCGACGACUUCAACAGCUAUCUCGGGCCGUACGUAGGGGACCGGGCCAUUUUAUCGCUUCUCUUGGACUACGACGGCACACUGGCGCCCAUUGCCAAGCACCCUGACCUGGCCGUGAUGCCCACCGAGACCAAGAAGGUCCUGGAGCGCCUGGCCAACCAUCCCGACGUGUUCAUCGCCAUUGUGUCGGGUCGAAGUGUCAACAAUGUCAAAGAAAUGGUCGGGAUCAACGGGAUCACCUAUGCGGGCAACCACGGGCUCGAGAUCCUACACUCGGAUGGCACCAAGUUCGUCCACCCGAUGCCAGAGUCCCAAGGGUCUAAAGUCAAGGCUCUCGUGAAGAACCUCCAAACUGAGGUGUGCCAAGAUGGCGCUUGGGUGGAAGAGAAGGGCGUUCUUCUCACUUACCACUACCGUGAAGUAGCUCAGGAGAAACGAGAGGCUUUGGUGACCAAGGCCAAGGACAUCAUCACUCAAAAUGGGUUCAAGUUGCCCAUGGACCACGAAAAACAAAUCGGACUCGCGCAUUGUGCUUUGGAAUGCAAGCCACCCGUUGUUUGGGACAAGGGGCGUGCCUCCAUUUACAUUCUCCGAACCGCCUUUGGCGUUGAUUGGUCCGAAAGGAUCCGCAUCAUCUUUGCGGGCGACGAUGUCACCGAUGAAGACGCCAUCAUGGCCUUGAAAGGCAUGGCCUUCACCUUCAGGAUCGUUAGCGAUCACCUCACCAAGACUUGCGCCGACAAGCGGCUUCCCUCAACCGACUCCGUUCUCACGCUCUUGAAAUGGGUGGAGCGACAUAUGGCCAGUCGUCUUACCCAGGGGAAAAGCCCGGUUGAAGCGGGCAAAGUUCAACCCAUUGCCACGGAUUUCCACGUACCCACUCAUUCAAUUGUCACCAUGCCCAUCUAAAGCAAACCAUGUCGUUCCUCGUUAUAUUAUUCUUGCUAUUCUCGUGACCCAUUCAGCCGCCCCGAUUUCAAAAAGAGUUUCAUUUUUCACGAAUAGAGAGUUAUGUAGUUACGCAAUCGUGCUCUAUAGUAAAAUUCUUCUUGUCCAAGUUUGUUUCGGGUGUUCCGAUUGCAUUGGGACAGAUUUGACCUCAGAGAAACUGGACCAAUGGAGACCAACAAGGAAUGCAUUCGAAACGGUUCCCCUGUGUUAAGAUUGUUGGAAGUCCAGCCCCCAUCUCCUCGAUAUAAUAACUAUACUAUUUGUCGAUGUUUCGGAAAAUUCUUGCGACUGUAUGGACAACGAAUCGUAUUCAAUGCGUGAAAUAGAUACAGUAUUUUGACGUUUUA